AUACGGUCAAAACGCAGCGACUUGCCCUAACGAACUACGGCAGGCAAGCUAGUAGACUAACGCGGUGUAAACUCUGGUUGUCACCGCUAGCUAACAGACGCCUUUCUUCGCUCCUCGCAGCAAGUCACGCUGUAUCGCCUGUACCGACGAAGUUAGUUAGCGUCGAUACCAUAACAUAUUCUAGACAGACGUUUUAUCACCUGUUUAUAUAGUUACUCACUUAUUUGCCUGAUUUCUGUACCCCAAAGAGUUCAUAUUGUUGAAGAUGAAAUGAGUUGUUUUUGUUUUAUUUCUAUUCUGGAAGAUAACAAAGUUUCUUGAUUCAUUCCACUUUAGAAGUUUGUAGUUUUUCCGUUCAGCAACUUGUUUUAUAGCUGAUAUUCCUGCUAGAAACGAAGAGCACUUCGUUGAGAAGAAAAGAAUUACUAUUAUUGUCCCGAGUCUUAUAAGAUGCCCGUACUUGCAAGUAGCCUCACAGCCACAGGUGUUUUCUGGGCUUCUCUUUCUCUAGCGGCUGCCAUUCUGAACUGUGCUGGUUUCUAUUUGCCCUUCUGGUUCCAGGGUGCCUUGUUCAACUCCACCGAGGUAUCUUUUGGCUCCUUCAGGCGUUGCAGCUAUCCACGAAUGAAUGAGGACGGAGGAGUUCAGAUAAUCCACGAGUGCGGCCGCUACACCACCUUCCACGAUAUUCCUAGUGUUUCAUGGCAAAUUACCACGAUUUCCGUUGGAGUCGGGGCUGCCACUUCACUUCUCGUGGCCUUCACAGCUUUGGCAGCGUGCUGCGUGGCAGACGUAGUGACUAAGCGAGUAGCACGUGCCUUGGGUCUGGUUCAGGUCCUGACGGCUAUUGUAAUCAUCAUUGGUUGCACAAUCUAUCCUAAUGGCUGGGGGACCAGAGAAGUCCAGGAGGUAUGCGGAGGAAUAUCCGAUUCUUACUAUCUUGGAACUUGUCAGCUGUCGUGGUCAUUCUACUUGAUGGGAGCUGGCGUGGCUAUGCUGUUUUCCUGUGCCGUCUUAUCUCUUUGGGCUUCUCGGAUCAAGCCGCACUCUUACCGGAUAUGACCUAUGGGAAGGGACUUCGUAAGGGUCUGAGAUUCGUGAAAACAGAACUUUCGGUAUUUUCAAAGUGAAUAACGCGAAAGUAAUAAAAUGUGAUAGGUUUAUAAUUCAGUAUUUCUUAGCUUUAUGACAGCUUCAACAAUGACCGAAAGAAAAUGCCAUUGUUGUAUAAGGAAACUUUAAUAACCUUAAAACUACGCCGAUUAGCGAUUAUUUUAGGUUUUAAAGAAAAACAAACAAACAAACGCCGCUUAUCAAAGCACACUGUUGAUUUUAAUAGAC